CACCAAUCUCGACUCUUAUGACGCGUGUUGCAGGGAAAGAAAUGGGUGUCGUUUAGGAGACCCUACACAACGACCGAAAGGAAAAUAUUUUCCAGGAAUUGAAGACUUACUUGCAUUCAAUCCGAGAGUGGCCAAAUUCAAAGGGUGGAGAUCGCAUCUGCUCCAUCCCUGGUACAGCGAUCAUGAGUGUUCCUGUUCCAAUGGACAGAAUUGGCCCCUGGGAGAAUGAACAUGGCUUCAACGGCUAUCUGAUCAGAGCUGCAUAUGCAGGCAUCUUUCCCUCAGAGAAUGCCUACCAAGAAGUGCGCACGCGGGCAGAGAGAAUAUACACAAUAUAUGCCACACCAAGUGAUUUUUACUCAUGGCGAUCUCAAGAUUCACACUAUCAUUGUGCACAGAGGACAUAUCACCAAAUUCCUGGACUGGGAAUCUGCAGGUUGGUGUCCAGAGUACUGGGAAUUUACCACUGCUACGAGAUACUUGCCAGAGCAUUACCAGUGGUUCAAUUACGUAUGACGACUUGGUGGCGAAAAUUACAUGGCGGAGCUAGACUGCGAAAGGCUCUCACAUCACUGACGAGUCUUUCAUAUGUUUGGCAGUGUUGAAAAGACACUAAACAAAAAGAAAAGAAAGGGCCAAAAAAAAAGCAAAAAAGGCCUUUGAAUCUGGGCUGAUCGACAACGUGCAAUACUAUACGGAAUGGCGACAAGCAAUAAGAACGAGACUGGGGAAGGUUGAAUUGGGGUAGAACCCUGGUGGAUAUCGACCGGGCGCAUAGAUGACAACGAUGAAAU